GUGUUCGCAAUGAGUAAAGGAUUAUUUAUCUGUGUCAGUAUUCAUUAGGCCAUAACCUAUAGAUUUAUAUGUAAAAUAAUCUGUCAUUUGCUGUUUUGACAUUCUUAUUUGUCCCGCACGCACAGGGUUUGUGCGUAUUGCGUUUGGUCUUGUCCUUAAAUUUCUCCGAAGUCCCUACACACUGAUAAGAUGGGUAGGGAGGACAAGGCUACUUGGAAGUCCAACUACUUCACCAAGAUUAUCCAAUUGCUGGAUGAGUAUCCCAAAUGUUUCAUUGUGGGUGCCGACAAUGUGGGCUCCACUCAGAUGCAGCAGAUUCGCAUCUCCCUCAGGGGUCACAGCAUUGUCCUCAUGGGCAAGAACACAAUGAUGCGUAAGGCCAUCAAGGACCAUCUGGAGACCAACCCAGCCCUGGAGCAACUUCUGCCCCACAUCAAGGGCAAUGUUGGAUUCGUCUUCACCCGUGGUGAUCUUGUUGAGGUUCGUGAUAAGCUGCUGGAGAACAAGGUCCGUGCCCCCGCAAGGCCUGGUGCCAUCGCCCCACUGGAGGUUAUCAUCCCCGCCCACAACACUGGUCUGGGUCCUGAGAAGACUGCCUUCUUCCAGGCUCUUUCCAUCCCCACCAAGAUUUCCAAGGGUACCAUUGAAAUCAUCAACGAUGUGCACAUCUUGAAGCCAGGCGACAAGGUGGGCGCCUCCGAAGCGACCCUUCUCAACAUGUUAAACAUCUCCCCCUUCUCAUACGGUCUUGUUGUGAAGCAGGUGUACGACUCUGGCACCAUCUUUGCACCAUCCAUCCUAGACAUCAAGCCCGAGGACUUGCGCGCCAAGUUCAUGGAGGGAGUGGCCAACGUGGCAGCAGUGUCUCUGUCCAUCGGCUACCCCACUGUGGCUUCCGCCCCACACUCGAUUGCCAACGGUUUCAAGAACCUGUUGGCCAUCGCUGCCGUCACCGAGGUUGAGUUCAAGGAAGCCACCACCAUUAAGGAGUACAUCAAGGACCCAAGCAAGUUCGCAGCGGUCGCAGUGUCGGCAGCCCCCGCCGCCGUGGCGCCGGCUGACAAGAAGGAAGAGGAGAAGAAGCCCGAAAAGGAGGACUCUGAGAGUGACGACGACAUGGGCUUCGGGCUCUUUGACUAAACUCACCCUAUUAUAUCAUCAGCUCUUUGACUACAUAAUAUUAAUCAUCUGUACCACAUUUGUCAUCCUUCAUCGUCAUUCAGUUUCCACAAUGAAACAUCUGUGGCUGCUCACCCGUAUUGCGCCGCCGGGUCGGACGCCCGUAUGGCGGCCUUAUGUUUGAAUAAAGCUACUUUGAUGGA